AUGACUGACGCGGUGAUCGGCUCGCUUUGCGAGCGAUUUACAACUCGACUGAAGGAAAAUUCCUCCGUCAACUAUAACCGGCAUCGGUUCUUCCGCAAUGGCACCGUGAGAAAGGUCUUUGAAAGCAACCAGCAAGACCUGCGAGAACUGCUGCGAUGUCUGUGUCAGGCUAAUGGCACUCCCCUCACACACGUACCGGACAUUCUACGAAGAACGUUAACAGACCUGAGCUUGAUUUUUGCAAUCCUAUUAUUCGCCCGCGGGCGCCAGGAAAGAGAUGUUUUGCGACAGUUCGUGGAUUUCGCACUUGAGGCAGGCGCUGACCAUGUCGCUCCACGUCAGUUCACCGAUGCAGACCUCCCUAUCUCCCUCGAGAUGGCGACCAGCCAUUUUCCCUUACAAGGAGUCGAAUUUUACCACAAACAAUUUCGGUUCUGCGCCGUUACGCUGAUGAAGCGCGAAGAAGUCGUAUACGAGCAACAUCGAUUCCAGUGCCCACUGCCGUAUCUCGAGGAGACAAAGAUCGGGGAAGGCGCUUUCGGUCAGGUGUGGAGGGUACGGAUUGAAGAACAACAUUUCCAGUCACGAUCCGAUCGUACAACCACCACCGAAGCAUUGGAGCUUGCGCGAAAAGACUUUCAGUUAGAUCGAGAGGGUAGAGGGGAGCAACAGAUUCUGAACAAGAUCCUGGACCAGCCACGUCGACACAAGAAUAUAAUGGUGGCGCUGGCGAGUUUGCAAUAUGGACCCACGUAUAGUUUGUUCUUUCCACUCGCAUCCUGCAACUUAUGGGAAUACCUGAACGGGGUUUACUCUGAAGAUCGCUUUCCUCCGUCUACGUGGGAAGAAAAGAAGGACAUCUACUCGCGUGGGGUAACGUUAGCCGGAGCACUGGCGUUCCUUCACCAUGAAUUUCGCGAUCAAAAACUGGAGCCCCACAAUAUACUUGUCUUCGAUGCGUAUAGCCCGUCCGAGACUUGGAAAAUUACGGAUUUCGGACUAUCGCGUGUCAAGGGUAGAGGGCUAGAUGGUGAAGCAGAUGUGGAGCUCGUGAUGCCUAUAAUGGGGAGAGGCCAUAAGAGACCGAGGCGACUCCAGGAGCCAUCGACGUUGAAUCGAAGAGGCGAAGGUACUUACCUUGCCCCGGAAUGUUCAUUACCUAGUGGCCGGGUCAGCUCUGCCAGCGAUGUUUGGUCGCUCGGCUGCAUCAUCAGUCUGGUGAUGUCUUAUAUUGAUUCGGGAUAUAGCGGCGUGGUGGCAUUUGCGAGGCAACGGCGCAGACAGGACCACGGGGACAAAUUCUAUACAAUCCGACAUGGGAAGCCAAAGCUUUCACCGGUAGUCAUUGCGUGGUACGAGAAGCUAAAGCACAGAGCUCGAGCAAGCUCGUUUGCGAUGGAGCACGAGAUCGUAUACCGAACACUCGACUUUCUGCAGAAGUAUGUGCUGCAUCCUAUUCGGGAUCAACGCGUUACUUCGAGAGAGGUGGAGGAUACUCUAGCGUCAAUAAGCGGUGUAUUUCAUCGAAGAUCAUCGGAAACACGGAGCAGGUGGCGGCUGCGACGACCUUCAUUCUCUUCAGCCUAUACUCCUAGCUAUGAGAAACUCCGUAUUGAGACAAGCAUGCCCAUUCUUGGAACCGCGUUUGCACCGGGCGGCGAUGUUUUGCUGUUCCAAUCUCAGCAGAAAGUGCAGGUGUUUUUCCUCGACGAAAUCCUGUCCUCUGUAGAGCGGCUCCCGAAACCGCGAGUGAUAAAUAUUCCUAGGGCAUCCUUGGAAUGCGUUGCGAGUAGCUCGGGCUUUCUCUGUGCCUGCCUCGCUACGACAUGCUUCGAGUGCAUCUUCUAUGAAACCACCAUCUCAUCCGAGUCGCAAGGAAAUAGCAUCCUCCAGGGUUCAAGAAUCCACUAUCCGCACAUGGGCUCUAUCAAAAAGGUUGCCAUGUCCGCCGAUGGGCUUCUAACAGCAUUCAUCGUCACGCGAAACCCCGGAGACUCUGACUCAGAUGCUCUCUUAUAUCUGUCAACUACACAGAAUCUCCUGAACAAUGCAAGCGAAGGGCAGAAAUAG